AUGUCUAAUCUAUUCUCUGGGAUUAACGCCCGUUUCCGAGGCGGAUCGAACAAGUCCCCCGGCCCUCAGAAAAGCCCAACCACCUCAACUGGUCAACUGCCAAUCUCCGAUUCUCAGUCGCAAGGAAGUCAGUCUUCAGCCAGCCUUGCCCCCAAGGUGCCUCCGCUGCCAAACUCUCCCUCGCUCGCCCAGACCAUCGGCAUGGAUGAGAGCAACGGUACCAUCCCGAGCGGUGACGAGAUUAUCAACUCCUAUCAUCUCCCGAAGCCCCUGCCGUUAUGGCUCAACGCCAACUGCACCAAACACAUUGUCAAGGGCAACUUUAUGACCCUAAGUGCUCGACCGAAGACCGUUGAACAAGGAGAAUGGAUUGCUCACCAGGUUGUUGAGCACUAUCGAAACCUUUGGAAUUUCGUCCGCGUCGUCCACGAGAAGGAAGAGACUGGUCUUUCAAUCUGCAACUCCACAACAUGCCCUCGCACUUCUGCCGGAGCUAACCAUUCGUUUACUUGGCUCAACAGAGACCGGGAACCCGUCGAGCUGCCCGCAUACGAAUACAUGACUCUGAUGCAGCGAUGGAUUUCUGGCAAAAUCGACGAUCCGGCCAUCUUCCCUACCGACCCAUCUGGUGUAUCGUACGCUCAAAACCCUGCGACCACGACAACGCCGCUGUCACAAUUGUCCAACCCUGGCGAGAGGGAGUGGCUGGGCAAGCGAUCUGGGUUCCCUGACAAAUUUCUCGAGGUCUCUCAGAUGAUCUUCCGUCAGAUGUUCCGUGUAUACUCCCAUCUGUACUGGUCACAUUUCACGGACCCAUUCUACCACUUGAACCUUGAGAAGCAGCUGAACAGUUGUUUCUCGCACUUUAUCCUCACUGCUACGGCUCUGGACAUGCUGGGUCCUAACGAACUGGAACCCAUGCAGCCACUCGUUGACCUCUGGGCAGCGAACGGCACUUUCCCACCUGAGUCCAAGGCCUACGAGUAUGCCAACCUUCGCGCUGGAGAGCGUCUUUUGCAGCUGGCCGGCAUGGCCCAGCAGUAA